UUCCUUGACACUGAAGAUAUCAAGAACUCCACUACAAAAUUGAUACUAAUUAAUUGCCCAUUUCUCACUCAGUAGAAGUUUGGAAAAUGAUUGACAUACUUCUGAAUCUCCAGCUGUUAGCUCCUUUCUUCCUCUUCUUAAUACUUCCAGUGUUUUUCUUCUUCUGUUUCACCUCCUCAGGUCCUACAAAAGGAACCAUCCCUAUUCCAAAACCAUACCCUAUUAUUGGUCACUACUUCGCCCUCAAAAGCGUCGGCAACCGCCGUAUCCAGUGGCUAUCCGAUAUUGUCAAAAUCUCACCGGCCGGCACGUUCACCCUCCACCGCCCCUUGGGCCGCCGUGGAGUCAUCACCGGCAACCCCGCCACCGUAGAGUACAUUCUCAAGACACGUUUCUCCAAUUACCAAAAGGGCAGAACCACUACUAGCAUUCUCUCCGAUUUCCUCGGCACAGGAAUCUUCAACGCAGACGGCAACACGUGGAAGUUUCAGAGGCAAGUAGCCAGCCACGAAUUCAACACCAAGUCUCUACGCAAAUUCGUUGAGCACGUUGUCGAUGCAGAGCUCUCCAACCGUCUCGUUCCUAUCCUCACUUCAGCAGCAGCAGCACAAGACAAAACACUUGAUUUCCAAGACAUUCUUCAACGUUUCGCGUUUGACAACAUCUGCAAAAUCGCGUUUGGCUUCGACCCCGAAUACCUGACGCUGUCAGCUGAACGGAGCAAGUUCGCACAAGCCUUCGAAGAAGCAACGGAGAUCAGCAGCAAACGGUUCCGCGAGCCGUUGCCGUUAGUCUGGAAAAUAAAGAGAUUACUUAACAUAGGUUCCGAAAGGCGUCUAAGAAGAGCGGUGAAGGAAGUGCACGAGUUCGCCAGGAACAUAGUGAGAGAGAAGAAAAAGGAGCUGAAGGAGAAACAAUCGCUUGAAUCUGUUGAUAUGCUUUCGCGGUUCUUGAGUUCGGGGCACUCCGAUGAAGACUUCGUAACGGACAUAGUAAUAAGCUUCAUACUGGCCGGGAAGGAUACCACUUCAGCGGCGCUGACGUGGUUUUUCUGGCUACUAUCGAAAAAUCCGCGCAUAGAAAAGGAGGUUUUGAAGGAGAUAAUGGAGAAAUCAGAGGCUCCGGUGUAUGAUGAAGUGAAGGAUAUGGUUUACACGCAUGCCGCGUUGUGCGAGAGCAUGAGGUUGUACCCGCCGGUGCCGUUAGACACGAAGGAAACCGUGGACGACGAUGUUUUGCCGGAUGGGACGGUGGUGAAGAAGGGGAUGAUGGUGACGUAUCACGUGUACGCGAUGGGGAGGAUGGAAAGUAUUUGGGGUGAGGAUUGGAGUGAGUUUAAGCCAGAGAGGUGGUUAGAGAAGGUUGAAUCGGGAAAGUGGAAGUUUGUCGGAAGAAAUUCAUUCACUUAUCCAGUGUUUCAGGCCGGUCCCAGAAUUUGUUUGGGAAAGGAAAUGGCCUUUAUGCAGAUGCAAAGGUUGGUGGCUGGUAUUCUCAGGCGCUUCACGGUGGUUCCCGCGGUGGCAGAAGGGGUGGAGCCUCACUACUUUGCCUUCUUGACCUCCCAGAUGGAAGGUGGUUUCCCAGUCAAGAUCAUCAAGAGGGAAACUUCAACUUGAAACAAAGCCUAUUUUGUUUAGUCAACUUCAUUCUACGAACGAUUUUUCUUAAAAUUAGAUGCUACUAAGUUAGACUUGUGCGUUGUACUUGUUUCAUGAAGAGAGUGAGUUGUACUAGUUUGUAAUAUUUAUUUUUAUUUUUCUAAUGAUGAUUUACGCAAGGAACCUGCAUGCCAUUGUUCAGUGCAGGAUAUGGAUAAUGAAUUGUCCCAUUGAAUGCAGAAUGAACAACCAUGGAAAGGCUCCAAUUUCUCUCUAUUA